CUGGUUCUCCGCUCUCCUGUUAAAUCCUAAUUCAGAACACUAACUGAAGCGGCUGGAGAGAUGGCUCAGCAACUAAAAACGCUUGCGCUGAGCGAUAGCGAGGACAGAAAUUUGGAUCCCAGCAUCCAGGUAAUAAUCCAGGUGCCCUGCAAAUGCCUGCUCACAACCCUAGCUCAGGGGAUGAAGGGUAGAGAGGUAGGAGGAUCAGGGGCACAGACAAUGUGAGCCCCGACUUCUGGGAGAGACCCUGCCCCAAAGGAAAAGGGAAAAGUAAUGAAGGCCUCUUCUGGCAUCCUCGUGUGCCCAGAGGUGAGCACAUACAUGCACUCACGCCACACACACAUGCACGUUCACAUACAAACACACACUACACACACACACACACACUCAUGCCACACGUGCACAGAUGCUUUUAAUGUGUACUAACUGGGCUAAUGAGACGGCUCCCUGCCAAGCCCGGGCGGGAACCUGAGGUCACGCCAAUGGACUCAGGACCCCAGUGACAGAAGUCCUGAAAGUUGUCCCCUCACAGUCACCGGCCCCUUCCACCCACCCACCGCACGCACAUCCGUGCUGACACAGCAAUUAGAUAAAUAAAAUCCACUUUAUUUAUCUAAUUGCUUUAAUUUCCAAAUACAGACUGGAGAGUCCUUCGGAAAAAGUCUUAGAUUGGUAUGCCAAAAGAGAAAUAGGAGAAUAUUCUUUUCAGGGAUGUGACUCAGCAACAAAGAUGAAAUAAAAUAAAACGAGGGUUCACUAUUUCAAAGACAGUUCAGGUUUGCGGUGGGUAGGGGUCUCCUUGACGCUGGCGUCCCCAGAUUGAGCAAUGUGCCCCUGCGAACGGUAACCGUCAUUUCCUCUGCUUUCCCCCUUGAAGACAUGACAAUGGAUGAGGUGCGAGAGUUCGAGAGAGCCACCCAGGAAGCCACCAACAAGAAGAUCGGCGUGUUCCCGCCUGCCAUUUCCAUCUCCAGCAUGGCCCUGCUGCCCUCCUCCGUGCGCAGCGCGCCGUCCAGCGCCCCGUCCACCCCGCUCUCCACCGACGCGCCCGAGUUCCUGGCCAUCCCCAAAGACCGGCCCCGGAAGAAGUCCGCCCCAGAGACGCUCACGCUUCCAGACCCGGAGAAAAAAGCCACCCUCAAUUUACCCGGCGCCUACUCUUCCGAAAAGCCAUGUCGGCCCAAGUCAGAGUAACUUCACGCGAACAUCCCAUUGGGUCUUAUCUUUUCAUUUGAGGCUUUUUUUUUUUUUUCUUUUUCUUUUUUUUUUUUGGACUCCUCUGGUAGAGGAAAAGACUGCCUCGUCGCUCAGAUGUGCUCUUUGAUCUCGAAUUGUGCAUGUGGUUUCAAUAAUUUCACAGAUAGCAAGAAUCCCUAACGGGGGUUGAGAUGUUAAGACUUGGAACGAAACGGGAGGGGCUGAGGACGGGGCUCAGGGGGUAGAAUGCUGCUGCAGCUUGCGUGAAGCCCUGGGUUCCUUCCCCGGCAAUGGUAGACUAGGCAGGAGGAUCAGAAGUUCAAGGUCAGCCUCAGCUGUGUAGAGUUUGAGGCCAGCCUGGGUUGUAGGAGACCCUGUCUGGAAAACAAACGACAACAAACCCACAGAGUCAUCUAUACCUUUAGAUGUGGGCGAGGGAGGAGGCCUGGUUUUGGGGGGAGGCCUCCAUGUGUUUGAUGUGGGCCUCGACGGUCAACAGGUGAAUAGAUGGAAAAACAUGAAGCUGGUUUUUUGGUAAGGUGUGGUAAGGUAACAAAGUCAGUUUCCUCCCAUCAAACCUGAAAUUCUCAACAACAACAACAAAAAUACUCUCAGGUAUCAUAUACCUAAUUGUUCAAUUUUGGACUGCUGACCACCAAUACUUGAACUCCAGUUGUUAUCAAUAUUCCUACUUUGAUUAGUCUGACUCAGGAUUUGGGGCCUAAUUAACUUCUUAAAUUUUUGAAAAUUUUAAUGACCAACUUCUAGGGGGCUCCGAGUGCAAUUAAUGAUAACUUCUUUAUACCUUUUCACGAAAUUUAAUAAAGAGCCCAUCUGUUCUGUCUCUUAGCUUCCCCUUCCCUGCCCUGGUGGCUUCUCAGAUCCUUCACACUUGCCUGCAUGACUGUGACCACAGCUGAUACGAUGUGGGAUGUUUUGGAAACCGAGAGCCCCAGGGGAGACAAGCGUCCUCUCUUUAGGUUCCGACAAAGCUUGACCUGUGAGCUUUCAUCAUUCAUUCCGAUCCUCUGAAGUUUCAGAGAGCUAAAUAGAAUUCAUUGGCAAUCUCCCACUUACGGAGGCUCAGAGGGGACUGCCUGGGUUUACCUACUGCUGGAAGGUCUGGUGUCUGAACCAUGCAAAAGAGAACCCUCCCCUCCUGGCUUACUCUUGGGAGCACCCAGACAUCCGCGGUAUGGUACCCAUCACCAGGCUUUUUCCUUCCUUUCAACACGGGGGGCCAGGGCAUAGAGUUCUUGCCUAACAUGUAGGAGGCCCUGGGUUUAGCACUCUGCAAAAAUAAAAAAAAUAAAAUAAGAAAACAAUCCAAAUAUCAGCAAUGUCUCAGGAAUCCAGGAAACACAGCUAAGUGGAAGGAGGCAGAGAGUAGGACCACUGACUCCUGUUUGGACAGAGGCAUAGUCGUAAGUGUCCUCUUGCUCUCAUCGCUGAAAGAAGUGGGAAUGCCAAGAGUCAGAGUCUAGGCCAACUGCUGCCAAGGUCAGACACCAAGGUGGCAGAAAGAGAAACCUGUCCCGUUGCACUUCACUGCCUUUAAACCCACAAGGAGAGGAAGCAGAGUGUCAGCAUUGAAGGAGAGGUGGCUGGGGAGCUCCAGAGCCUGAGUCCUAGCUGUCCUUCCUGACUGUGACCUCCAACCUCACAAAGGAAACGACCCCCAACACAGACCCCUAAGGAGACAGAACGGACCAGGGAGUCUGUUCUCCCUCCCUGCCACCUCCCUCCCGUAGACCCUGCCCAAACCCUCUCUUGAGAGUUCCAUGUCUCCUGGGUCCAAGCCCUCUCCCAAGGCACAGGUGCUGCGGCCCCCUCAAGCCCAGCUCCAAAGUGCUUAGAGUGUCUAGAUCAUUUCUUUUUUCUAUAGGUGGACGUCAUGCCCAGCGCUCAAAAGAGAGCAAUUGCAAAUAGCUUAGUGUGACAGCCAGCGUAACAGUGCAUCUUUUCCUUAAGGUGAGAGCACCUUAGUAGGGUCCCCUUCUUUGCAUGGUAUGGAAGCAUGAAUCUUGCUUGUGGGAAAACUUAACCUUUUCUCGAACCCUUUGGACUUCUCAGUGGUUCCCUCUCCACGCAGCUGUACUCAAUGAGAAUAUCUGGCUUAAAAAAAAAAAAAAAAAAGGCAAAAUUCCACUUUCAGAAGGCUUGGAGAUCAUGUAUGUAUCUGCUUACCAUUUGCAAGCUGAUGUGGGCUGGGGCAGGCUCUUUGGUUUUCGUGUAGUACAGAAUUGAUUCUGUGCGGGUGGCUAGACCAUCUGGCACCUGGCUUUUCCAUUAAUACUGUGCCACUUUCCCUUGGCUCUGUCUGCUUCUGUUGUCAAGGUCACUUUCAGAAAGUCUGGCUCACUUUCAGAAGCUACUUUCCGAUCCCCUCUUUUGCAAGCUCCCAUUCCACUGUAGUCGGCCCAGCGCCUUUGACGCCAGUUGCAGCGCUAACCUGUGCUAGCGGGAUUUGUAACCAACACGUGGGUGUUCAGUUUUUCUGUCUACAUGUGGUUUGUGUUUGUAAAUAGGGAAGGGGUGGGAUUCUGGAUCUGUUUCACUAGCUGCUUUGACUAUUUAAUUCAGUCACCGCAAAGCAUAAAUGACUUCAGUAUUUUCUGAGUCUUGAUUUCCGAGUGUCGUUUCGCCUUGUCCUUACAUGAUUCUGCUGUUGUGGGGUACAAGCCUUCAAUGAAUGUGUACAUAGAACAUGAAACAGUUCUUGUAAGGGUGGAAGCAAGAUGGCUGCAUGAUGGACAUUUAGGAAGACAAAAAAAAAAAAAAAAAAACAUAGCAGAAACUUGAAUUUGCUAAGCAUGUUCGAGAGGGACCCUUAACUCAGUGCCUCCAUCUGCCAUGUGGAAUCCUUUAACUUUGCUCACCAAAAUUGUAUUAUACCUGUACAUAUAUAUACAUAUAUUAAAUGCAGUAUAGUGGGUCAUAGACCACCAGUUCUCAGUCUCUGGUAGCAAAAUUUAAGUAGUAACCCAUAGGAUAGUACAUGUGUUUUCCCUUCUUCAUCUCUGACGUCGGCGGAUGCCACAAAAGUGGCCGUAAAGCCUUUACGCCAGGUGGCUUCCGAAUAGGAACUAUCCUGUGCUCUGGCUGUGACAUCAUCGCUUUGUCCGUGCCUUCCCGGAUCAAGGCCUUGUGUUGUUCUCGUUGCAGAAAGUCUGUCUGAAACCACCUCC